AGCAAAGUGCACCGUGAUUUACGCCCGGCAAAUAUUUGUUGUGUAAUGAAAAUUAAUUUUAACGUUAUGUUAUUAUAAAUGAUGCACCGGACUUGGCACAAAAAUAAUAAAUCGGCUUAAUUAAUUCCAAUCUAGAGAUCGUUGUGUCAGCGUCAUUAAUAAAGCUGAAAAAAUGUCAACGGAUGAAGACGAAGAAGAUGUAAAACCUGAAGACGCCGGGGAGGGGCCUGAACCUUACCCUUAUGGAAAAUAUGAGGGUGGGAGGGACGAUCAAUUGGACCGACACGGCUUUGGAAGGGCUGUUUUGCCAAAUGGGGAUAUUUACGAGGGGCACUACUCGCACGGGAAACGGCACGGCAGGGGGCUGUAUGUGCUCAAGAAUGGGGCCAGAUAUGACGGCGAGUGGAAAAAGGGGCUAAAAUACGGGACUGGGAUGUUUAUUUACCCCGACGGUAGCAAGUACGUCGGUGAGUGGAAACGCGACUUGAAACAGGGCAAAGGAACCUAUUAUUAUGUUAACGGGGAUACUUAUGAGGGCAGUUGGUACAAAGGAUUUCGGCACGGCUACGGCACCUACAUAUAUAAAUCACUCAACGUAAUUCACACCGGGAAUUGGAAGGACGGCCGAAUGGAAGGGCCAGGAAUAAUCGAUUACGGGUGCUACAAAUACCACGGAAAGUUCGAAAAAAACCUCCCGAAAGGCCCCGGUUGUUUCGUUUUCGAUAACAAUAAGUUCAUGCAGCAUGGAUUUUACGUGAAUUUGAGAAACCCGGCAUUUGAUUACGUUGGCGCUGAUAAACUCGCUCUUGAAGAUACGAAUUUAGAAAGUCCAGAAUAUCGGGGUAAUCCCAGGGGAAUUGUUCCGUUGUGGAGAGCAAGAUCUGUGAGUCUGUACAACGCCGAACUUCUACCACCGGAACCUCUCGACUUGCCAAUCGUUGACUCGCAAGAGAGUCUUAUCGAUAUUAUCGGUUAUUUGCAGCGGUUUGACCAAGACGGUGUGGGAGGGAAGGCCGAAGAAGAGGAGCAACACUUGCCGUCACCCGUAACCGAAAAAGGAGACGCCACGGAAGAAAUGCCAAUCCCCAUAAAUUGACUCAAUAAAUUCGCUUUAUUAUAUUUA